GUGGAUGACCUACCAUAGCCCAGACUUCAAGUCGGAAGAAGGCCGCUCGAUUCCUUAUGUUUACCUCUCAACCUCGAAAGGUGUCCCGACGGAUACCAGCCAGAACACCUACGGCAACGCCAGCGCGCCCGCAAAGGUGCGCAUCUGGAUGCAGGGCGGCGUCCACGGCAACGAACCAGCAGGCGACCAGGCUCUACUCGCUCUACUAGGCAGAUUCGACGCCAAUGCCACCUGGGCGGCCUCGAUUCUUGAGAAAGUCGACAUUAUGAUGUUGCCUCGAUACAACCCGGACGGUGUGGCGUACUUCCAGCGGUAUUUUGCGACCAGCUUCGAUCCGAACCGCGACCACACGAAGCUCGCGCGCCAGCAGACUCGGGAUAUCAAACGGCUUAUGGUUAGCUUCGCGCCUCAUGUUGGUGUAGACUGCCACGAGUACAGCCCUACUACGCCCUUUGGAGCCAACGAGCAGUGGGUGGAUGCCCAGGAUGGCCAGUUCUCGGCCAUGAAGAAUGCCAACAUCCACCCCGAUAUCCGGAACGUCUCUGAAGCCGUCUUCGCGAACAACAUUGCGGCGGCCAUGGAAAGCCGCGGGUUACGAUGGGGUCCUUACAUCGUCGGUCCCUCGGGCACAGACGAACUUGUCCUGGAAGAAACCACCGGUGACGCCAAGAUCGGAGACAGCGCCGUCGCGCUGACCCAGGCCAUCAUGUUCCUGACCGAGACGCGGGGCAUCGGGCUAGCAGACCAACACUGGCAGCGUCGCGUCGCCACUGGCCUGACUAUGGUUGAGACAAUCGUUCAGACGGCUGCUGAUCGGGCUGAAGAAGUAUACUCGACGGUAGAAAACGCGCGCGCAAAGUUCAUCGCGAGCACCGACGACAUCAUUGUCACGGAGUCUGCUCGACCGACCAACAUCACAUGGCAAUUUAUCGAAGCGCCCACAGGAGAACUCGUUGAUAUUCCCGUGCAGUUCCUCAACACCACACCCGUGGUAGCAAACCUCACCCGUGCGAGACCCGAGGCCUACGUCUUUUCGCGCGCAUGGGCCGACGUUGCCGAGCGACUGCGUACUACUGGUGUUGAAGUACAGACGUUGCAGUCUGACUUUCACGGCGAGGUAGAGGCAUUCAACAUCACGAGUGCCGACGUGGCGCGAACAAAGUAUGAGGGGAUUGCUCGCACGACUGUGACGACGGAGACUUUGGUUAAGGAAAUUCGAAUCCCGGCUGGCGGGUUCUGGGUCAGUACCAGGCAGAAGAAUGCGGCACACGCAUUUGUGACGCUUGAGCCAGAAGGGAUCGACUCAUAUGCUACCUUCAAUGUUCUGCCGGUAAGCGUUGGUGAUGAAUAUCAAGUCUAUCGGGUCAUGGCAUAGAGGAUGAGACGACACUGAGAGAUAGCUACUUCCAAGUGACUGAGUUAUAAUAGUUCAUGGUAAUGAAUAAUUUUGACGUUC